AUGUCCUCAGAAUCGUCGACCGAAGAAGAGGUAUCACAAUACCGAAGCGAUGAAGAAACGGAAGUAUCAUCCUUACCUUCUUUCGUACCUCCAGCAGGGUGGAAAAAAUUACAGACUUCCGAGGUUUCGAAAUUCGAUAUCGUCGACAUUCAGAAUGAUGAAAACGAGAUUUGGCUGUUGAAAAUUCCGUCUCGAGUUACGAGAGCUGAUCUUUCGGGGAAAACUUUUAAACUUUCUACUGAAGGUGCAGAAGUUCCAACAAAAGUGGCGAAGCUUCAAAAAAACAUUCAGGAAACCACUUUUGCAUCAUUUAAGAAGAGAACUGUAGAUACAACAGCCACUUACGGAGUUUAUGAAAUGCCAACGGGAAAAUUAAAGAGCCAAGGUGAAAAGGAUGACGAGUUCACGAAGGGGAUGGCAUCUCAUCAGGCAAUUUUGGAUAAGAUGCAAGAAUUCGAAUUAUUGAUGCCAAAUAAAUCUUCGAAUGGAAGUUUGUUCUUAUCAAGCAAAAAACCUGAUAGGUAUUUUAACAUAUGCCGUGAAAUUGAGCAGCCAGAUCUGACACAAAAUAUCGAUUCGACUCUCCUAAAGAAACCCGAUGUUCAACAUCCCCCAGAGUCUUUUGUUCCAAGAUCAGCUGCUACUGUUCCGGAGUUUUCCAAGGAACAUAUGGAUAAGGCUUAUUUAGAAAACAAGAAAUUUAGACAAAAACUGAUCGAAGAUGAAGAGUUUCUGACAACCACUGAUGAAGAGGUGCCCGUAACCCCAACCAAGAAGAGAACAAACGAAUCCAAAUAUGGAAAAGGACAUAAGAAAAUAUUAAAAUCGCAAUACUUCACCAAUCUUUACUCUAGCGAUGAUGAAAUAUUAGCGGAAGUCGCGGAAGAAGAGGCCGAGUUUGCCAAAAUGGCACAAGAACAAAUUCGCUUGAAGGAAACAAUAACAAAGAGCUUGGAAGAUGCUGAGAGGCAAGCAUUCGAAACGUGGAUACCGUCGCUUGUCACAUGCCCCAAAUUUGAGCCACCGGUCACUUGGUGGUCGAAAAUGAGCGAAAGGAUUAUCGCAGAGGAGGAAGAAAAAAAGCUGAAGCCUUACGCGAUUAAAAGGGAUUGGAGUGUAGAAGAGAGGAUGGAAUACUAUAAAAAGUAUAUGUGCGAACCUCCACCAUAUCCUGUACCAAAACCAAAGGGGUGGGCCUCUGGAUCGUGUGAUUUGACGGCUAAUCGAACCCCGUUCUUUUCAAAAAAGCGAAAACGUUUCAAUAAUCAAGGACCUGGCGGCGGAUCCCACUUUGGUAAUGAGCAUGGUGUGGAGCGUUGUCGUCUCUCCAAUAGGGAGCUGAAUAAUUUUCAUGUACCCGUAGAAAAUGUAGAGGACCAAUAUGAGAAUGAAGAAGACCUGGAAUAUCAGGUUAAUGAUUACGAGAUGCACAGUCAAGAUGCUGAUAUUGGAGGAUAUCCGGAAUCCACGUAUCCUAUGAACACCAUGGAACCCGAGGAUCAGGACGUUUCAGCCAUUCCAAAACAGGAAUAUCAUGACUCUGAUGAUUGGUGA